CGUGCGCUGAACCGUAAAAACUGUUGCAUCAUGAGCUUCGUGCAAGCGCAAGGCUCACUGGCGUGUUUGCCAAUUUGGCAAACCAGUCUGCGCCAAGAUGCCGCACCUUAUAAGGAAACUGAGGAACAUAACUGUACAUUUUAUAUCUUGGCACUGAUCUCUUCCUUUAAGGAAAGUGCAACAUGCAUAGUUUGUCUUCUUUUUAGGAAACAAACAAUCAGUGGUUCUCAACUGUUGUCACCCUGGAACGCGCAUUUUCCUAUUAUUGCAGAGUCGUGACCCACUUUCACAAAAGUUGAGAGGAAACAUUUUUUUGUUGUUGUUUAAAAAUAGCACCUGAAAACACAUGUACAGUAUAUUGUUUUAAAAUGCCGUUUCAAAUGUGUUUGCUGUACGGUCAAAGGUGUAUUGCUUUCCAAAAUGCCAACCAAAGGCUGAGCUGCACUGUAUUUGAUUACAGAGUAGACGAGUGGCUAGAGCACAAGAAAAGCAUUUCUUGUGACUCUCAUCUUAUGUUCCGUGUGGGAACUUGGUACGCCUCUGUACUGUACUGAAAAAAAAACUGAAUAAGAAUAAAUGUAAUUUUUAUACUAACUGUCGGCAACCCACCCAAAAUGAGUCCCUGACCAAUUUUUGGGUCCUGACCCACCAGUUGGGAAUCACUGGUCUGAAUUAUGCGAUAAAUUUGGUCAGGGGCAGCCCUGAAGUGAUGUAUGAUCAAAACAUGAUGAGAAGUAUUCUCAGAUUAAGUCUGCCUUUGAGCAAUGCUCGGGCCCCAGGCUGCCAAUGGAUUAAAUGAGAGAGAGGUGCUUGGGAACAAUACAAUGGUCUUUUCUCACUCCGUCUAAUCCUUGUUGGUAUUGCAAGCAGUUUCAUAUGACUCCACAGAGAAAAGGUGACAAGCGUCCCUGUGAAGAAUUGUUUUACUACUGACUAGAGAAAAAGAGAGAUGUCAACUAUAAAUGUUCGGGUUACGAGCAUGGACGCUGAGCUGGAAUUUGCCAUCCUGCCCAGCACGACUGGCAAACAGCUUUUUGAUCAGAUCGUGAAAACAAUCGGCCUCAGGGAAACCUGGUUCUUUGGUCUCCAGUACCAGGACAGCAAAGGCUUCUCCACCUGGCUUAAGCUCAACAAAAGGGUGACCGCUCAAGAUGUCAGGAGGGACAAUCCUCUGUUGAUUAAGUUCAGAGCAAGGUUUUACCCUGAGGAUGUUGCAGAAGAACUCAUCCAGGAGGCAACGCAGCGUCUCUUCUUUCUGCAGGUAAAAGAGAGCAUCUUAAAUGACGACAUUUACUGUCCACCUGAGACUGCCGUGCUUUUGGCCUCAUAUGUGGUUCAGGUCAAACAUGGAGACUACAGGAAAGAUUAUCACGUACCGGGCUACCUAACAAGAGAGAAGCUGCUUCCCCAGAGGGUUUUAGAGCAACACAAACUGAAUACGAAUCAGUGGGAGGAAAGAAUUCAAGUGUGGCAUCGAGAGCACAAGGGAACGCUAAGGGAGGAUGCCAUGGUGGAGUACUUGAAGAUAGCACAGGAUCUAGAGAUGUAUGGGGUCAACUACUUCAGCAUCAAGAACAAGAAAGGAACUGAGCUGUGGUUGGGAGUGGAUGCCCUGGGGCUCAACAUAUAUGACAAAAAGGACAAGCUGACCCCAAAGAUUGGCUUCCCCUGGAGUGAGAUCAGAAAUAUUUCCUUCAAUGACAAGAAGUUUGUCAUCAAACCUAUUGACAAGAAAUCUCCGGACUUUGUUUUCUAUGUACCCCGUCUGCGCAUCAACAAACGUAUACUGGCACUAUGCAUGGGAAACCACGACUUGUACAUGCGCAGACGAAAACCGGACACCAUCGAAGUGCAGCAGAUGAAGGCCCAGGCGAGAGAGGAGAAGAACAAGAGGCAGCUAGAGAGGGCUCUGCUUGAGAGUGAGAAAAAAAAGCGUGAAAAUGCUGAGAAGGAAACAGAGAAGAUCGCUCGUGAGACCAUGGAGUUGAUGGAGAGAUUGCGACAGAUUGAAGAGCAGACAAAGAGAGCUCAAGAUGAGCUGGAGGAGCAGACUCGCAGGGCGCUCGAGUUAGAGAAGGAGAAGACACUUGCGCAGGAGGAGGCUGAGAGCCUGGAAAAUGACCACAGGGCUGCCAUGCAGGCAAAAGAAGCCCUGCUACAACAUCCCCAGUCCAAGAUGAAGAGUCAGGAAGAGCUGGCCACUGAGCUGGCAGAGCUUACAUCGAAAAUCUCCCAGCUGGAAGAUGCCAAGAAGAAAAAGGACGAGGAGGCAAUGAGAUGGCAGAAAAGGGCGAUGAUGGUAGAAGCUGAUUUAGAGAGAACCAAAGAAGAGCUGAAAUCUAAAAUAAUGGGGAUCCACAUUCAGGAUUCUGUCCACCCUCACAUGCAUGAUCAUGACGAGACAGAUGAGAGCAGCGCGGAGGCGAGUGCUGAGUUAAUGUCUCCCGGCACGGUACGCGACCGCAGUGAAGAGGAAAGAGUAACAGAGGCACAGAAGAACCAGAGACUGCAGAAAAACUUAAAGUUCCUGAGCACUGAGCUUGCUCGAGCUAUAGACGAAAGCAAAAAGACCCCAAAUGACCUGAUCCAUGCUGACAAUGUAAAGGCCGGCCGUGACAAAUACAAGACCCUACGUCAGAUUCGUCAGGGCAACACCAAACAGCGCAUUGAUGAAUUUGAGUCCAUGUGAGAAAAAUCCACUGCAGACAGACUGAAUGAUUAACUAAAUUAGUUCAAAUAGAGAAACAGAGUAGUGCAAUAUUUAAUUGAUACCAAUAUUGAAUCUAAGAAUGGAUGAAGAGACUUAAUAUAACAACAAAUAAUAUACUGUUACUGUUCUUGAAUUUCAAUGUUUCAUCUGAGAUGUCUAUGCGAACAUUACAUUACUUACUACAAACAUACAUUUACCAUAACAUUGGGUACACCUGCACAAUCUAAUAAGAGUCAAUACAAGAUCUUCAUCAAAUUUAUUCUGCAUUUUCAAAUAAAAUAUUUGACAGUAUCAGAGAGGUAUUAAUUAAUUAAUGUUACAUUACUGGAUUAUUAUUGUCAAACUACAACGUAGGGGGUUUAUUAUGUUUUGUUUUUCCUUAUUUAGCAAAUUUCAGGGGUAGACUGAUAUAAUUACAACAAUAAACAUCCAUCCAUCCAUUUUCUGAGCCGCUUACCCUCACAAGGGUCGCGGGACUGCUGGAGCCUAUCCCAGCUAUCAUCGGGCAGAAGGCGGGGUACACCCUGAACUGGUUGCCAGCCAAUCGCAGGGCACAUAGAAACAAACAACCAUCCGCACACACAUUCACACCUACGGGCAAUUUAGAGACUUCAAUUAACCUACCAUGCAUGUUUUUGGAAUGUGGGAGGAAACCGAAGUGCCCGGAGAAAACCCACGCAGGCACGGGGAGAACAUGUAAACUCCGCACAGGCAGGGCCGGGGAUUAAACCCCGGUCCUCAGAACUGUGACGCAGACGCUCUAACCAGUCGUCUACCGUGCCGCCAACAAUAAACACAUUGUUAAAUAAAUAUUAUUCUGAUAGUGUCAGAAAAAACUGAGCAGACGGAAUUUCUAACACAGCUCUUGUAUUGGAUCUCAUUAGCUUACAUGGGUGUGUGGUAUAUGAUGUAUCUUCUUUAGUCUUUUCUGGUUUAUUGACUUCUUAUUUUUAUAUCCUUAUAAAUGAUACAACUGCAGUCAUUGCAUUUAGGUUUGUCAUAUUGUUUUCAACAAAAGCAAAUUUUUAUUUUCUUUAUCCAAAUAAAAUAGAGACACCA